GCUCAACUGAAGUGUUACUUCUAUUGUUGUUUAAAGAAGAGAAUUUACAAGUAUACAUGUGAUAUUUUCCUUUUCAAGGCAGUGUCACAAGAUAGCCAAUUGUCCGUUCGCGAUAUGAUAUGGUGGUGGUUUAAAACUGAAGUAGACAAUCUUAUCUUUUUUUUUUCAUCUCUCACAGCACACCCGAAAGUCACCACAGCGAUGACCACCAUACACCACCCUUCACGACAAGAUGAGCCACUUCGAGUAAAUAGUUAUCAAUAGUGAAGUGUUCAAUACUUACCUGUUCUUCUUCAACUAUGCAGAAUCUUUGACCAGAAAGCAUAAUUUCCAUACUUACUAUGUAGAUACCUAGAUACUUAGUAGAUACCUCAAUUCCGGGGCUAGCCGCUCUGAACCGUUGGCUGCCGAGGUAGAGGUAGAGAGCCGAGUCUCUACUGAACAUGAACAUAAGGUAUGAGCAUGAACAGGAACAGGAACACCGACAUCAACAUCGUCAUUCGACUCUCAUCCUAACAGAGUCCUGAUCAUGCCACUCCGACCAACACUCCGCCUGGUCGCGCCCGCAUUCCGCCUGGUGCGGCCAUAUUCAAGCGACGCCGCCGGCCCUCUCAUCAACGUCGUAAACCUCCCCGCGCCAAAUACGGGCCAUAUCCGCAUCCUCGAGCUCAACCGCCCAGCGGCACGCAACGCCAUCUCCAAAGCUCUGCUCUCCGCGCUACGGGCCGAGAUCGACGACGUCGAUGCGCAGUACACACCCGAGGGCGACGAGAAGCCCUUGCCGAUGCGCUUCGGCGGCGCCGCGGGAGUGGACCAGAAGGGUCCGACGAGGGCCCUCAUCCUCGCGAGCGCCGUCGACGCGAGCUUCUGCGCCGGCGCGGAUCUGAAAGAGAGACGGGGCUUUACACAAGAGGAAACCGCCCAAUUCCUCGCCAAUCUCCGCGGCACAUUCUCCUCGCUCUCCGCCCUGCCCAUUCCAACAAUAUCCGCCAUAUCGUCGUUAGCACUCGGGGGAGGCUUAGAACUCGCCUUGUGCACCCAUUUCCGCGUGUUAGCGUCUACCGCCCAAGUCGGUCUACCAGAAACCCGGCUUGGAAUCAUCCCCGGCGCAGGAGGUACCUACCGACUCCCUGCUCUGAUCGGACUCCCGCGCGCUAGGGACCUCGUUCUAACCGGUCGUCGUGUUUCUGCGCCCGAGGCAUAUUUCCUCGGUAUCGCCGACCGGCUCGUCGAGGUACUCCCGGAUGAGGAGGAGGGGCAAGGAUCUGGAUCAAAGGCGAGGGAGGAAAUACUGACUAAGGCGCGGAGAGCAGCGUUGGCAGAGUCUGUUAGGCUUGCUGGCGAGAUAUGUGAGGGUGGUCCGAUUGCUGUUAGAGCUGGCUUGCAAGCUGUCAGCUGGGCGCGAGAGGAGGUUGAAAACGCGAUGUAUGAGCGGGUUGUGAAGAGCGAGGAUCGAGAUGAAGCUCUCGAGGCGUUUAAGGAGAAGCGGAAACCUGCGUUCAAGGGGAGGUGAGAUGGAGAUCAAGGCAAAUGAUAUAUGAAUUCUAUAUACCACUAUCAUGAUGAAUCUAUACGACUUGUAACGGUUAAAAUGCGCAAAUAGGAGCGACCAUUGGAUAACGCUCCAAGUAUAAAGGCUUUGGAUCUAGUUGUGACUACAUUGUAUGAUCACAUUCCCGGCUCUGAAGCGAUGUAGGAUGAUAGAUAGGUCUAUACAUUUGAAUAUUACGACAGCAAGGUGACAGUUACGUUAGGUACAGGAUAACACUCG